AAGAGCGCAUUUUUAAUAUCUACAGUGACGUCACCAUUCACGAGUGCCAAUUUUAUGACGACACCGUUUUAAUUCUACACGAACUGCAAUUAGAAACCAUUCGUCACUCUCCGCAUUCGCCAGACCUUGCACCAGCGAACGGACUACCAUUUUUUUCGUGAUUUGGACAAUUUUAUAUGUGAUAAAAAGUUUUCUGCCCAGGAGGCAGUGCAAAAUGCUUUCACACAGUUUGUAAGAUCUAGAUCACCAGAGUUCUAUCGCAAAGGCAUAAAUGACCUUCCUAUUAGGUGGCAGCAAUGUACAGAUAAUAAUGGUAGAUAUUUUGAUUAAAUAAAUAUAUUAAAUGAACAAAAAAAAACGAACUGGUGGGGAUCCGGCGAUUUUUUUAUUAAAAAAAAAGAAAAAAAAAAAGUCCGGUCUUCUAAGUGUUUCGGGUCCCCCUCACAUGUCGUUCUGGGGACCGGCGAGGGAGGCCUAAGAAGACGACGUGUAAGUUGCUCUGUACACGCGUUUUACGCAAGAGGAUCCAUGUGAUGGAAGGCCGGCUAUCCUCGACCCACGCUGGUUCUGACCCAGCGGGGUAUUCCGUAGGAUAACCCACUCUAACCGGCGCCAUCUAGGCGGGCUUUGAAUAGCCUGCCGACCGAGAGGAGGCGUGGCGCCGACGACUGCCGGUCCGGCGUCCCAAGGGGAGGUGAUGGGAGAGAUGUGCUCCGCACUAAACACUUCACUUUGCCUUUUCAUGGGUUCUGACUCAUGCGAGGUUUGGACGUGGGUUGUUGAGCGACAGGAGGUUUUAGUCAGUUCGACUCCGACAUGCAUUAAUUAUGCAAAAAAAUGCAUUAAAUCAAUAAAAAAAACAUUAAACUCACAACCAUGUAUUAUUAUUUUUUUAUUUUUUUAUUGCCUUUGUAGGCAGACGAGCUUACGGCCCACCUGAUGGUAAGUGGUUACCGUCGCCCAUGGAAUUCGGCAAUGCCAGGAGCAGAGCCAAGCCGCUGCCUACUGCUUAAUACUCGAACAUGCGACUUUAACUCGAACAGAAUUUAUGCGUGUGUGUGUCACAUAAUUAUACUCUUCUGUUCAUUGUUAAAGUCUGUAGUCUAAUUGAGAAUUGAUUAAUAUUGUUUGUCUUUAAUAUUAUUUGUCUAUAGUGUAGCCUUUGAUUAUAGAAGUAAAGUCUUUGACCAUAAUAAUAUUCAAACUUAUAAUUUCAAUUACUUACAGUCGAAAUUCCGCUACUGGGGGACCACUACGUUCCAGACCUGCCAGCCGAAGAAUGGUACACUGAGCACGUUAGAGAGAGCCAAUAUUUACUCCAGGUUGUAAAAUGCGAUGACCAGAAGUGCUGCAGCCCACGCCGGAGUGAUCUGCAUAUGAUUCUUCACGACCGUUUUCUGCCACCUCCAUACCCUAUCACUCAAGUUGAUGGACAUUUGACAAUUCCGGACUUUCAAGAGCAUGACGGAAAGUCAUUUGCUCCAUUUCUAAUACACCACUGCUUACCGAUUCAACCGCUGAAUGCCUUCAUCAGCACGCUUUAUGAUCUCUAUUACCCAAGUGUACGUGAUGAUUUAGGGAAAAGAUGCUGCAGUACAUGCGGUAUUUACUUUGCAUCUAGCACAAGAGCUGCAGAGCACAGGCGAUCAGCCCACAUUGCACCAGCUAAGCAAGCGCAUAUGUUCCGCAAAGUGCGACCCUCACGGAUUGUCACAAGACGAGCUAAUGUGUUACUUUGUGCAAGUGCCAAUGGCUUAGAGUGGCUAGAUCAGAACGAAGUUGAAGGAUGAGAUGAUUUUACUGAAAAUCAUGUGGACAUGUUGGUUCCAAUAGUCUCUCUUGAGACCGCGCAUGAUUCUCCAUGGACUGAAAAUUUAAAAAAACACCUCACGUAAUUUAUGGACGCCCCCUAAACUGAUAGCAUUGAGAGGCUAUUUCAGCGUAACCUAAACUACUAGGUGAGCUCACGGGGCUCAAACCUGACGACGUUGCUAACACGAACCCUAGCAAGAGCCGUGCUUCGCAGAAUCUACCAUCGGAUCGGAAACGUGACCCGCCGAGCAGAUCCGGCGAGAAACUCAGUGGGCUGUGUCUGUGGGUUAAUUUACUCAUCGAGCCCUUCAUCGCAAACAACGGAUUCGACGAGAACGAUGACCCGUGCUUGAGGUACCUAAAAGCACCGUUAGUGGAUCGGGAGGAUCCGAAAUGACGUAUUUUGGGGCGACGUCGACUGCUUUCCAUUCGGUCCGCAGGAUCGGGAAUGUAGUUACCGGCGGCCACGAUGAGAGGGUUCUCGUGUCGUGCCGCUUUGUCGAAGUGGCGCAUUGAUGCCGACUGUAGAUACUUACUGAUGGACUCUAGGUCAUCAUGGAGGUCGACGUUCCUGACGAACCACGAGGGCUCCAACGGCUAUCCUGCAAAAACGGGAUUGAAUAAUUUGUAGUGGUUUUAAGUGUAUGGGGGCCGCGUGAGCGAACACUACACUUGUAUAGGUCAUGACGGGGCGUAUGCAAGUUUUGUAGAGUGUCACCUUAUUUCUAAGGGACAGUUUACUUCGCUUGCAAAUAAAUCAUCGGAUAGAAUUUCUGCCGUGAAGCAGUAAUGCGUUUCGGUUUGAAGGGUGGGGCAACCAUUGUACCUAACUAUACUGAGACCUUAGAACUUAUAUCGCAAGAUGGGUGGCGCAUUUACGUUGUAGAUGUCUAUGGUCCAGUAACCACUUAACACCAGAUGGGUUGUUAGGUCGCCUACCCAUCUAAGCAAUAAAAAAUAAAAAUAAAAACAUACUCGCCUGGUACAUUGCAUUGGUGAAUCACUUUGUUAACAAGUCCGAAUCGUUGUGGUUAUCUAAGCCAUGAUUGCCUCUCAAACGUGAGGGACACAUUUUCCGGUUGAGCUUUGUUAAAAAUGCGAGAUUCUCAUUAACUGGGAGAGCAUUAAUUGGGGGAUUAACUUUUAUCAGAGCGGGCGAGGGAAGUACCCCUCUCGUGUUUGUGUUUAACCUCAAUUGACCCGUUAUCUUGCGCUCGAGAGCGUCUAACAACAAACCACGCGAAUUUGUAUAUAUAAAGAGAAACAAGUCUGAAUUAAUUACAUUCUGAUAGAGCACAUCAAGUGAUCAGUACAGCGCCGCUUGUGUCUUAACGUCCGCGUUUGAAUUUAGAUAAACUUACAAUGAAUUUCGCAAAGAUCCUAUCCUUCGUCUUCGCUCUGGUGCUGGCUUUGAGCAUGACCAGUGCUGCUCCCGAGCCCAGGUGGAAGAUCUUCAAGAAAAUUGAAAAAAUGGGCAGGAACAUCCGUGACGGCAUCGUCAAAGCGGGCCCGGCGAUCGAGGUCCUCGGUUCAGCUAAAGCCAUAGGAAAAUGAUCUUUAAAACGUACGCCAUAAAUCUACUCGUUAAUUUUAAUAUGUAAUUUAAUUACAGCUUUAAGACUUAAUAAUAAGACAUUCAAUUUUAAAUAUAAUUUGAAGUUAAUGUCUGCCAAAGUUUUCUUAGUGUAAACGUUAUAUUGUAAAAUUGAAAAUCAAUAAAAUAUUUUGUACUUAAUUCAA